CUUGAAUUAUUUUCAAUUCCUUCUAUACAUAGAGACCAAACUCGACAUAUUUCACUAACUCUCAUCUUCCCCCUACUGUUCAAUUCCUAUACUUUCAAAUAUCUCCAAAUUUCAAAAGAAUAUAAUCUGAAUUCUGAAACAAUAUAUGUAUCAAUGACGAGUUCAGAGAAAAAACUCUCGAACGUCGUAGGUGCAAAGACGGCAAGAGCUUGUGACAGUUGCAUAAUGAAAAGGGCACGUUGGUAUUGUGCAGCAGACGAUGCUUUCUUGUGUCAAUCUUGUGAUUCUUCUGUUCAUUCAGUCAAUCCUUUGGCCCGUAGGCACGAAAGGGUUCGUCUUAAAACAUCAUCUCUUAAAUCAUCAGAUGAAUUUUCCAAUUCGGAAAAUUCAGCCUCAGUGCCAUCUUGGCACCGUGGAUUUACUCGAAAAGCUCGAACCCCAAGGAAUGGUAAGAAUUCAAGAAACGUUAAAAACCCUAUUCAGCUUAUCGUCCCAGAGAUAUUAAGUGAUGAGAAUUCACAAGAUGAAAACGAAGAGCAACUCCUUUAUCGUGUCCCUAUUCUCGACCCAUUCGUAGCCGAUGAUGCUCUAGGGAAUGAAUAUUCUAAAGAAAUGAAAAAUGAUUUUAAUGAUGAUCAUCAUAUGAAUAGGUUUCAUGGGAUGCUUAAUAUUCCAUCUGAAAUGGAGCUAGCAGAAUUUGCAGCAGAUGUUGAAAGUUUAUUAGGGAAAGGACUUGAUGAUGAGGAGUCAUUUAAUUACAUGGAAUUAGGGUUAGGGUUUUUGGAGAAACAUGAUGAUUCAAUAGGUUGUACUUUUAUUGAUGAGAAAAUUAAGGUUGAAAAUGAAGGAGAAAUGGAUAGUACUAAUUAUAAUCAAGUUGAUUAUUCAGAUACAUUUGAUCUCAAAUUCGACUGCGAUUCACCGGUUAUUACCUUAGAAGAAGAUGAUAAAGGUGAAGUUGGGGAGAUAAAUAUGCGGGAUAGUACUAAUGAUGGUCUAAUUAGUGACAGAAAAAAUAAUAAGAUUUUGCUAAAUCUUGAUUAUGGAGGUGUUUUAAAUGCUUGGGCUGAUCAAAGGUCUCCUUGGACAACCGGCGAGCGACCUCAAGUAGAUUCCAAUGACUGCUGGCCAAUAUGCAUGGGAAAUUGUGGAAAAAUUCAUGCAUAUGGAGACAUGGAAAUAAUGACAGGACAUGGACCAGUGGUAGAUGAAGGAAGAGAAGCAAGAGUAUUAAGGUACAAGGAGAAGCGGCGAACGAGGUUGUUCUCCAAGAAAAUAAGGUACGAGGUCAGGAAAUUGAAUGCUGAGAAGAGGCCUCGAAUGAAAGGAAGAUUUGUCAAGAGGACCAAUUUUGCACCAACCCCUUUUCCUUCGCUUAAUAGAUAAUUGAAGUUUUAAGUAGAGAGGGAUUUAGAGCGGUUUUUGUGAGUUCAACUGAACUUAUUGCUUUACGCUCGAAUUAUGUAUACAUAUGUGAGGAUUUUUUUUUUUUGUAAAUUGUAUACAUAUGCAGAUCACACUGAUUCUGAAUCUAUUGACACUAAAUCGUAGAUCAUGUUGUUAGGUGUU